CUGUGGAUAAGAUUUCUUUACCUCUAAUCAAUUCUGUUGACCAGAACCCAUCGAGAUCAUCAGCAUGACUUCCUAUACUGACAAAGGAGAAAAGCCGGAGAGAGGGAAAUUUGUAAAGUUUCAUCAUUUGACAUUCUGGGUUGGGAAUGCCAAACAGGCCGCUGUGUUUUACUGUGAUAAGUUUGGGUUCGAGCCGCUGGCAUAUAAAGGUUUAGAGACGGGCAGCAGAGAAGUUGUGUCUCAUGCUAUCAAACAGGACAAGAUAAUAUUUGUCUUUGAAUCAGCUCUGAAUCCUGGAAAUGAGGAAAUGGGGGAGCAUCUUGUUAAACAUGGUGAUGGGGUGAAGGACAUUGCUUUUCAGGUGGAGGACUGUGACUUUUUAGUCAAGAAAGCAAAAGAAAGAGGAGCAGUGAUAGUCAGAGAGCCAUGGAUAGAGCAGGACUCUAGUGGCAAAGUAAAAUAUGCCAUCAUUCAAACAUACGGGGACACCACACAUACGUUUGUUGAGUACCUGAGCCCAUAUAAGGGUUUAUUUCUGCCGGGAUAUCAUGAGCCUUUGUUCAGAGACCCGCUGUUGCCAAAACUUCCACCAGGACAUCUACACUUUAUUGAUCACAUUGUGGGAAACCAGCCAGAUGAUAAAAUGGUGCCAGUAGCAGACUGGUAUCAGAAGUGUCUGAUGUUUCACAGGUUCUGGUCUGUUGAUGACAAACAGAUCCACACAGAUUACAGUUCACUCAGAUCCAUCGUAAUUACUAAUUAUGAAGAAACCAUUAAGAUGCCCAUUAAUGAACCAGCGCCAGGGAAAAGAAAAUCACAAAUCCAGGAGUAUGUUGACUACUAUGGAGGUUCUGGAGUGCAGCACAUUGCCCUAAACACAUCUGACAUCAUCCAAUCUAUUGUGAAUCUCAAAGCUCGAGGGCUGGAGUUUCUGUCCGCACCUGAUAACUACUACGAAAACCUACGACAAAAACUCAAAACUGCAAAGAUCAAAGUGAAGGAAGAUCUCAAAAGACUGCAGGAGUUAAAAAUCUUAGUAGAUUUUGACGAUAAGGGUUACCUGCUCCAGAUCUUUACUAAACCUGUGCAAGAUAGACCAACGCUUUUCCUGGAGAUCAUCCAAAGAUACAACCACUAUGGUUUUGGAGCUGGAAACUUUAAAUCACUGUUUGAGGCCAUCGAGAAAGAUCAGGAGGCUCGAGGAAACCUGACGGUGUUCACAGCCGAGGGUCCGGGCAACCCGAAGCAAUUCGAAUGAAAUGAUGGAGAAAAACAUCUCACACCGUCAAUGAAUUAACACUUUUAAUAUAUGACUUUUAUAAUGUCUCGGUAGGAUUUCUUUCAUUACAUGUGCUUUUCAAAGUCAGGUUUAAGAGUAUGAAAAAUUUAGCUUUUUAAUUUACUGCUAUCAUUUGUUUUUAAAAAUAUAACCUAUUAGCUAUAAAAUGCAUGGAUUUACCAAAGGGACCAUCCUUGAUGUUUAUAAACUUUGAUGAACAUAAUAAAAUGAACACAAUUGUUUAUUAUUUCAAAAUAAUUUAUUUGUAUAUAAUCGGAAUGAUGCCAGGUUUAUACAUCUAUGAUGGCAGCUGUACGUUUCGUAAAGAUAACAAUCCAAAAGUGAGAAAAUAACAUUUCUUUUUACUUUCUCAGACCUGGACAAAAAUGGAUAAAUAUAUUAGUAAAUAAAUAUAUUAAUGACAUUACCAUAUUGAAAUGUUCUAUUAUAUAUAAAAUACAACACUUUUAUCUUAUAA